GAAGGUGUACGAUUGCACACAAUUCGUACAACGGUCAGUGAAAGUCGUAUGCAGGUGGCUCUGCAUCGAGAGGCGUCCAAGGCAGCCGCGAAGAUGGCAGACACUGCAUCUCAGGCGACUGUAUCAGAGCAGAGGCACGAGAAGGAGAAUGCCCGGGAAAGAUGGAUUUUAGCUGCGAAAGAGGUUUUGUUGCCAGCAACCUUGCAGGCGCCGCUCGCGCUACUCUCGCCUUGGAGCAGUUUAGCCGGCGUCGCCACAGCAGCGAUGCCUGGAUUGCCACCGCCACCAACGGCUAUGUUGCCACCUGGCUUGCAGGAGGAAGAGCCAUUCGCGGCUCUUAUCUUUCCGGGCUUCGACUCCGGGGCUUUCAUAUGGCAGAUCACCUGCUGGCAGGUCGCGGAGUUUGUGUUUUCCAUGUGGCUUGGCCACAAUCGUGCGAACCCAACGCCUUGUGUGCUCUACCAGCUGGGAGCCUCCUGGGGUCCUGCACUGGCGCGGGGUCAGAUUUGGCGCCUUGUUACGCCAGUGAUGUUACAUGCAAACCUGACUCACCUGCUCUUCAAUGUCUUCUUUCAGCUCCGCAUGGGCUUCGGAAUGGAGAGGCAAUUCGGGCGAGAUAAGAUGAUGAUGAUCUACUUUGCGUGCGGCCUUUUUGGGAAUCUCAUGAGUGUCGCAGUGGAUCCCUACAAGCUGGCCGUUGGCGCCUCCACGGCAGGGUUUGGACUGAUCGGUGUUUGGCUGGCGGAGAUUCUCCUUUCUUGGGAGAUCCUGGGGCCGGCACGGGAGCGGACGGUGAUCUGGAUUGUGUUCAUGAUGAUCUCUGUAACCACGAUGUCCUCUAUGACGCCCAACAUGGACAUCUUUGGGCACUUCGGAGGUGCACUGGGUGGAUUCCUCUUGUCCCUUGUUAUUAGCGACAUGAAGGAGGAGGAUCGACCGGAAUGGUACAGCCAGGUGCGCGCUGCAGCAGCCAUUGGUCUGCUGUUCUGUUUGUCCGGCGGGCUCGUGAAGGCCUUCCAUGUGAACCCGACAGAUCCCAUCCCAGACUGCCAAAUCUUCAAGUCCCUGAGCGACGUCCUGGAUAUGGCCUCCAAGACGUUGGGGAGUUCCUCCCAUCUGACAGCUGUGCAGUGAGUUUCACAGCUAGCCAGAGCUUCAGCUGCCUGAAGGUUGAGAGUUUCGGCCUAUCGUGCAUGGCAUUGUUGCG